AUGUUUAUUAUGAAAAAUCUAGUAUUUUUUUUAAUCUUAUUAGUCGAACAAAGUAUAACAAAUGAUGAUUUUGAUCGUUUACCAAAGCCUCCAGUAAAUUAUCGUCAUUUUGUUGAACAAGUUGGUCAAACUUAUAAAAUUUUGGGUUCGUGCAAUGAAGUGAAAUUCACUGAACGUAUCUCCCGUUGCAUUAUACAAAUAGGUCAUAAAUAUAUGCCUAAAUACAUGUCUAUUAAUUUUGCUCAAGAAUCAACUGGAACUGGAGUUAUUAUAUUUAAAUCAAUCAAAAAUGAUAUAUCUUCUAUUAUUAUUUUAACAACAUUUCAUAUAGCUGUACCUCAAAUGAAUUUAAGUUUCUUUACUUUCGCUAUUAUUACUUUUUUAACAACAUUAAUCAUUCUAAUAGGAUCGCUUAUCUUUUAUUCAUCGAUUAUUUCUCAACAACUAUUGAAAGUAUUUUGUGGUUUAAUUAUAUAUAUGAUAAUUUGCACAUGCUUUAUGUAUUGUAUUAUAUUAAUGAUUUAUCCAUUUUUAUUUGAAUCAUUAUUUCGAAUUCGUGUAGUAUCUGAAGGAAAAAAUGAUUUCAAUAUCGGAUCAUAUUCAAUGAAUUGUCAGUUAAUAUCAUCAAAAUUAAUAUUGUCAAAAGAUUGGUGGGAUGAUAUAGCCAUUAUAAAAUGUUCAAAUAUUGAAACGAACCUGUUUAGUUACAUUGAAGUAUGUCAAGCAGCAUUAAACAAUAGUCAAUCAAUAUCAUUUAGUUCAUCUAUAAGUGUAAUUGGAUUCGUUAGUAGACCACCAGUCUCAUUUGAUCUUAUUAUUGAUCCCUUUUUUUCCUCAUUAUCACCUUUGAUAAGUAUUCCUGCAAUUCAUGGUAAAACACCAGAACAUUUUUUUUUACAUAAUAAAUUCAUGAAUUGUACUGGACAAUUACGAUUAAUUGAUAAUCGAAAGUUGUUCAUAGAUACUCCAUCAACUUAUGGAUUCAGCGGCGCUCCUUGUGUUUCAUCAUUAAAUAGAAAUCAAUGGGAAUUUAUCGGUAUUUUAACAGGCGCAUCGAAAUUAUGGAACACAUGCAUAUCAUUACCACAAUCAACAAUCUUCAAUUAUUAUUAUAAUAAAAUAGUUCUAAAUAAAGUCGAAGACAAUGUAUAUAAAAAUGAUUUGUAA